CCCAAUCUCCCUCUUCUUCUAUCUACCCCAGGAUUGGUGGCUCUCAGCCCCUCCUCUCAGCCCUCCCCCCCCCCCCAGACCCUCCCAAAGCCCUUAUCAGGGAGCAGGGAUUGUGUCUCUGCCAGAUCCAAGAUCCCCUCUCCCUUUAGCAGCAGCCACUGAAGCAUCCUUGUGGAAACUGGGAAGCAGGACCUCAAGACCCACAGAUCCUAAAUCUCCAUAUCUUAACCAGGAGUCAACUCCAGGCACCAUGAGAAGUGCACUGCUGCUCGUGGCUAUUCUGGUCCUCAGUGUUGGAAGCAGCUGCCAAGCUGUCUGUGAGGAAUCCCAGGAAGAAGGGGCAUUUGGUGGGAGCCCCAGCAAGAAGGUCUUAGAUCUCUACCAGCUUCCUCCAUCCCUGCUCCGGAGGUUGUACAACAGCCGGUCUCUCUCUCUGGAUGGGUUGCUGAAGCUGCUGAGCAAGACUAGCGUGGAUUCUAAGGAGUCGAUGGAUUUCCAGAAACGUGACAUGCAUGAUUUCUUUGUGGGGCUUAUGGGGAAAAGGAAUAUACAGUCAGAACCAUCUAUGGAGAUGAAGCAAGAAAACUUCCCUGGUUUUGGCUACCCCAAGUAUUCCACCAAUUCAGAAUGAGCAGAUUUCUCCAAACUGGCUGUUGAAAUGGAAACCAAGAAUUUUGCAACAAAGAAAAUGUGUUUUUUUUGUUUUUUGUUUUGGUCAGUCUCCCAUAUUGUCCACCUCUAGGGACUCUAAAUAGCAUUUUGAAGACAUUUUGCUUGCCUCCUCUCAAUCCCUGGGAAAAGUACCCACAAAUCUAUUUCCUCAUCCAUUGCUAUAUCACUCUCCUGCUUUGAUCCACCCCCAUACCACCAUCCAAACCACUUAGAGAGUAACAUCAAUCCCAUGGGCACUGACUGCAGAUACCAAGUUAUUUUCUUCAGUGAUACAUUAAAAAUAUAAUCUCUAAACUCAUCAUCAAUAAAAGGAUUUUUAC